UUGGGACAAAAGUCCCUGUGUUUGUUCUUUCUUACUCAGAGAUCCAGGAAAAGAGAGAUGUAUGGGUGUGGAGGCAUACCAUAUAGUCAGCUUUCAGAAAUAACAUUGUACCGCCUAACACUGGGGACUAUUUCUCAGCUCCAGGAUCUUAUUAACCUUUUUGUGUUUAUUCCUGUACCAAAGAGAACCUGUUUUGGGCCUUAGGGGGCACACUAAAUCAAAUUAAGGAGCAAGAAGAGAUGCAAGAAUUAAAAGGCAUCAUUGUUAACAUCUGACAGCAGUUGGAAGCAUACGUACAUUAUGAGUCUUUCCCUUUGACGUUGCGAAUUCUUAUAAUAUCUCUGAGGCAAUUGUAUUUCAAUAUAUUGGCCGGAACCAGAUAUUAACAAAAUAAAAGCAGAACAAUGAACUGUUACGCUUGGCUACCCAUUCUAAUUGCUUUCACUGUGCUGGGGCAUUGCUUCCCAAAAGAAACUAAUACAAGAAAACAUCUGCAAAUCAAAAAGGCCUCACAACAAGAACAGCAUGUACCUCAUCACCGUAUCAGACGUGGAUGGAAAUGGAACCAAUUAUUUGUUCCUGAAGAGGACCCAGGACCACUUUGUGUUGGCCAGCUCAAAUCUGAUGAUGACAAAGGGAACUUUUCCAUAAAGUAUAUACUGUUAGGAGAGGGAGCAGGAGAAGUUUUUAGAAUUGAUGAAGAUACAGGCUUUAUCUAUACCAUGAAGAAACUGGAUCGAGAAGAGAAAGCAUUCUACACAAUGCGUGCCCAGGCCAUAAACAGGUUGACCAUGCAGCCAGUGGAACCAGAAUCUGAAUUCAUUAUUAAAGUUCAGGAUAUCAAUGACAAUAAACCACAAUUCCAAAAUGGACCCUAUGUUGCCAGCAUCCCUGAAAUGUGUGAAGUUGAAACUUCCGUCAUACAAGUGACAGCCACAGAUGCUGACGAUCCCACCCAUGGGAACAGUGCAAGAUUAAUCUAUAGCAUUCUACAGGGACAGCCAUACUUCUCUGUUGAACCAAAGACAGGUAUUAUUUUUACUUCCUUACCUGAUAUGGACAGAGAGGCAAAGGAGCAGCAUUUGGUGAUCAUACAGGUCAAAGAUAUGGUAGGACAGCUGGGAGGGUUUUCUGCAACAACAACUGUGACUGUCAACUUGGCUGAUAUCAAUGACAAUGGUCCAAAAUUCCAACAGAAGCUAUACCACUUUUCAGUUCCUGAGUCUGCAACGAUUGGUACAAUGAUUGGUCGGAUCAUGGCUGAUGACAGUGAUAUAGGAGAGAACGCAGAAAUGAAUUACACCAUUGAGGAAAUAGACAGUUCAGAUAUGUUUGACAUUAUGACUGACUCUGACACUCAGGAAGGGAUACUUAUACUAAAUAAGCACUUGGAUUAUGAGAGUAAAAGACGGUUCAGCAUCAGAGCAGUUGUCAUCAACAAACACAUUGAUCCUCAGAUUGUCAAUCUUAACCAAUUCAAAGACUUGACUGAUAUAAAGAUCACUGUAGAAGAUGUUGAUGAGCCUCCAGUUUUCACUGCUCUUGAGUAUAUGCUGGAGAUACUUGAAAACUCAAUCACCGGAACAUUUGUUGGUGCAGUCACAGCAAGAGACCAAGAUGUAGCAAAUAAUCCCAUUAGGUAUCAUAUUGAUCAAAACACUGAUUUAAAAAGAAUGUUUAAAGUAGCUGCGCACAAUGGAACAAUCACGCUUGCAAAACCUUUGGAUCGAGAGACAGCAUCCUGGCACAAUUUAACUAUUUCAGCAUCAGAAGAAAAAAAGAAUGGUUUUCUAUCUAGAGUACCAGUAUUUAUACGAGUUAUAGACAUUAAUGACAAUGCACCAGAAUUUUCAAAACGUUACACACCUUAUGUAUGUGAAACUGCAAAACCAGGACAGAUAAUUCAAACAAUCAGUGCAACAGAUAAAGAUGACCCGAUGGAAGGCCAUCACUUCUAUUUUACACUGGCAACUAAAACCAGCAUGAACACUAAUUUCACUGUAAGAGAUAACCAAGAUAACACUGCUGGAGUUCUCACAAGAAAAAAUGCGUUUAGCAGGCAGGAACAGGUUUAUUUUCACCUACCAAUUGUCAUUACGGAUGAUGGAGAACCAGCGCUCAGCAGUACCAAUACCCUUACCAUCAGAGUGUGCGACUGCUAUCCGGAUGGCAGCUGUAGCUCUAGUGGGGUUGAAGCCUUCGCUCUUUAUGUUGGUAUCAGCCCCGGUGCCCUGAUUGCCAUCUUGUCAUGUUUCCUAAUAAUAUUAGUCCUUGUAUUACUUAUACUGGCAGUAAGGCGCUAUAAGAAGGAAAAGGUGAAUUCUGAGAAAUGGGAAGAAGUCACAGAGAAUGUUGUGAGGUAUGAGGAUGAAGGUGGGGAACAGGACACUGAGGCAUUUGACGUAGUAACUUUAAGAUCUCACACUAAAAGGAAAGAACCAACACCAAGGAAUGAUAUGACUGCACGUAUCCGAAUGUCAUUAAGACAGUCUCUUAGAGUUGGACCCGAUGAUGAUGUUUUCAGGGAGUUUAUUUUGGAAAGACUGCAUGAGGCUGAUACAGAUCCUUGUGCUCCCCCCUAUAACUCCUUACAGACCUAUGCAUUUGAGGGAGAUGGAUCAGUGGCUGGGUCUCUCAGCUCCCUGGAAUCAGACAGCACAGACACAGAUCAAAACUAUGAAUACCUGAGUAACUGGGGACCACGUUUCCAAAGACUGGCAUCCAUGUAUGAAAAUGAUGUAAAAGACAGAGAUUUUUAGGCUGGAAAGUUACGAAGAUGUGAACUUAAACAAAACCAGCAAAGCUCUAAAUUUGUCAUGUAGUUAUAUCAAGCCUAAAACACCAACUCAGAUAUUGCUGGCAUGCCUCCCUCAGGAAAUUCAUAUAUAAACACUAACCCUCAUUAGCUCUUUAGACCAGUAAUCCCUGAAUUUAGUUAAUCAGCUAAAUCGUUAAUGUAUCUGUUUUUCUAAACUAUUUCAAUUACCAAGAUCAAAUAUUUAACUUGAUGGUUUUGUUACUGCAGCACCCACUUGCUUUUUCUAACACAAUUGUUCAAUUCUACUAACUACAUAUAUAUUAUAGUUGUACUACAUGUAAUCAGAUUUAAAAAUGCUGCUGGUAUUAUGAUAUGUUUCUGUUUUAGUUUGUAAAGUAUUAAGACUGGCACCAUUUUUAUUCACAAAGACUUUGUUAUUUGCAGCCUUUGUGUGUGAAACCUGCUGAUAAGAAACAAUGUGCAGUUCUUCAAUUAACCUCUUAAAUGAUUUCUAAUUACAUGAAUAAGAUUCAUGUGGAAAUAACUGAAUUAUGUUUUGGUAUUACGCGAUUCUGUAAUAUUAAAUGAAGACAAUGUACUGUAAUUCAUAAUAAGCUAUAGAAAAGUCUUACUAUAAGGCUGAUCUGAUAAUUAUUGACUACAGUAUUUUUAACUAUACAACCAUUGUGUGCUUAAUAGAAUUAACAGCUUUUAUGAGGUCAACACUUUGUGAUAAUGUACAGGAUGUCAUGCUUUGUGAUUACACCCUAUUCUUGAUGGCAUCACAUGACUUUUUUUGCACAGCUUCCUUCCUAAUCAGUAAAAUGCACUCUUUGUGGCAAGUACCUGCGUGUUAAACUCAUAAAUCUUAUUUACUGGUUGAUACACUUAUUUAUUUUAUUUUAUUUUUGUUGGGAAAUGUUAUAUUAUUAAAGGAAAAACAUUUUGGUUUAA